AUGAAGUUUCUAAUUUUAUUUUCCGUUCUGCUUGGUUUAACGGCCGCCUAUAAUUUUUUGCUGGUCUCCCAAGUUUUUGGCUACAGUCAUCUGAAAUUUAUGAGUAAAAUUGGUGACACUCUGGCAAACGCGGGACAUAAUGUGACAAUCCUUCAAGUUUACAAUUAUGAACAUUUUGGAGAGAUUCGCAUGACAAAGAACAAAAAUGUGGAGCUAGUUGACUAUCAUGAUGAGAAAAAUGCAGCGUUCAAUGAAAACUCGGCGAGCGCAUUCAAAUUCAUGUGGAACACUGAAAUUAUUAAUAAUCCAGUGACUGGAGCAUUUGCGACAUCAACGGUUCUGUUCAAUGAGAUGAAAGUGAUGUGUGAAAAAGUUCUCCUGGACCAAAAACUACAUCAGUGGAUUCUAUCCAAACAUUUCGAUGGUAUUAUAUCGGAAACUUUCGAUUUUUGUGGACUAUUUCUUGGAGACCACUUGAGACUGAAUAUAAUCCCAAUGCAUUCGUCCACAAUUAGUAUUCCAUCAUUUUACGCAAUUGGACAACCAUCGCUUUUGAACUUCUUGCCAUCCAUGAAAACAAAGUUCGGCGCGGAACAAACGCUCGUCGAUCGGGUCAAUGACAUAAUUUCCUUGCCAUGUUUGGAAUUGGCGUUUUCGAAACUUUUUGAUAAGCAAUACGAUCAAGCUAACACUCUGUUGAAAGGGAAUGUGAGGCACUGGAAGGAUAUUUUGCAAUCUGCCACGUUUUAUUUUUCAAAUGGAAAUGAUUAUAUUUCGUUUCCAACCCCAGUCAUCCCAAAACAUAUUCGAAUUGGUGGAUUUACAAUUGACCCACCGAAAAGUUUGAAAUUAGGUGAAGAGUUUGAAAAAAUUCUGUGUCUUCGAAAAUCAACGGUCCUCAUUUCCUUUGGUACAGUAAUUCAGUCAGCGGAUAUGCCGGAAAGUUUCAAAGAUGGAAUCAUCCAGAUGUUCCAUAAUCUGCCAGAAACUACUUUCAUCUGGAAGUAUGAGGUGGACGACGAGAAACUUCAAAAUCGACUACCGGAAAAUGUAAUUCUCAAGAAAUGGGUACCACAGCCGGCACUUUUGGCCGACCAUCGUCUUAAACUAUUCAUUACACAUGGAGGUUUGGGAAGCACUCUAGAAGUCGCCUAUUCUGGUAAACCUGCUCUGAUGGUUCCAGUGUUCGGAGAUCAACUUCUAAAUGCCAAGAUGCUUAGUAGACAUGGUGGAGGACAAGUUUUCGACAAAUACGAUUUGGCUGACGGACAAAAGCUGGCGGAAACUGUGAAGACGAUUUUGAAAGAUGAGAGCUUCAACAAGAACGCUUUGCUUAUCGCAGAUCUUCUUAAGAAUCAACCGAUUGAUCCAAAAGCGAAUUUGUUAAAACAUGUGGAGUUUAGUGCCAAAUUCGGAAGAGUAGCUGCUUUGGAGCCAUACAAUGUGCAUUACAGCUUUGUGCAAUACUAUAUGUUGGAUGCUUGGGCGAUUCUUAUUGCUAUUUUUUCUGUGAUCUUGUACAUUGUGUACUUUGUAUUUUCAUUCAUUUAUGGACAAGCUUUUAAGACUAAGUCUAAGAAGGAAUAA